AACUUUCCAUGCCUAUGGUCAAGUUCGUGACUGUCAUAAAAAAAAUGUUCGCGACUUUACUGUUUCGGGUUGUGAAUUCGUGUUUUUAUCUUUUAUCUGGGCAUGUUUUAAUGCUUUCGGAUUUCUGGGUUACGUUAAGUUUUUGGGGCUUUCCUUUGCUCUUCAUUCGGUUUAAGGUUACGUCCACCAGUUUGAAGGAGAACAUCUUUCUAGGGUUUGUGCGGUUUGAGGUGCAAAUGCCUAAGAAGAAUAGUUCUUCGAAAAAACCCUUACAAUCAGAAGAAAUACCAACCAUGGGACAUGCAAAACCGGUUCCAAAACCCGGUAAGCUAGGAAAGGAGAUCGAUGAAAUCUUUGGUGGGAAAAAGAGGAGAAAACCAGAACUCGAGAAGAGCGAGAAAAAGACAAAUAGAGACGCAAAGCAACCAAACGAAGAAAACCCGGUUCAGAAAACCAAGAAGACGAAGAGGAGGAAAGGAGAGAAGAUUGAUGGGUUCGGGGCCCCAUCAAAGCGACAGAGGAAGAGAACGGAAGAUGGGCUGAUGGUAUACACGGAAGACGAACUCGGUAUCAACAAAUCUAACUCCGGUGGUACUCCUCUUUGUCCCUUUGAUUGCGAUUGUUGCUUCUAGAUCCCAAAGUUUCAAACUUUUUCAACUCGAUAUGGUAGACCAGAUGAAUGAUCUUUGAUAUCCACAUUAUGAUCCUGCCAUUGUAGCUCAUGUUUGAAAAUUGUGUUGCCUUUCUCGCCUCAUCAUUUGAACGUUGAUCAUGCUCUAAUCAUUGUUCAGUUUGGUCC